CAGCUACAGCCCCGCCCCCAGCUACAGCCACACCCCCAGCCACGCCCACAGCGCCCAGGUGACCAGCAGGCACCGAGCCAGCAGGUGUGUCCGACUGCCAGCCUGACCGCCCCCCGGCCCCGCCCCCUCAGCCUGGCCUCAGGCUGGGAGGGGCGGCGGGAGGGUGUCGGGGUGGAGGGGAGAGCAGAGGCUCCGCCCACGUUGGACACCAGGGAGACGUCAAGCCCGCCUCCAGCAGGAAGCAGCGAGCCCGUGGACUCUCGGACUGCUGUCAGUGAACGGGUCAGCUGAAUGGCUAAGGAUCCCUGAUUGACGUGUUAACGAGACCGCUGAUUGGCCAGGCUGAGCAGGCUGGGAUUGGUUGUGCUUUGUCUCCGUCUGUACCUGGAGGUCCUGUAGAACUAUAGAACUGGAUCACCAUGGAGACGAGAGGACCACGGAGAUGAGAUCACCACGGGGACGAGAUCACCAUGGAGAUGAUAUCACCACAGAGAUAAGAUGACCACGGAGGGAGGCAAGGGUGACGAUGUGGACUGUGUACAUAACGACAAGGCAGCUGUUUGGAAGGGGUACUAGUUAGAAACCAUGCAUACUGACACCUAGCUUCCACAAUAUAACCCCCUUUUGUACCUUUUUUAAGCUUGUUUAGAUUCUGGUCUCUAUACUCAGCUUCAGCAGAAAGAUGAGUGUGUGUGUGUGUGUGUGUGUGUGUGUUUAUUUGAGUUUGGAAUAGGGUUAGGCAGGGUUGGGGGUAUAGGGUAUGCAAUGGACCAUACGUCAUGUUUGUCAACAUUAAUAGAGAAUCACACGUCUUCAACUGAUAUAGUGUCUGGUUAAUGUCAUCGGACAAUAUCGUGUUUGGCUAUUGUAGCUGUCAAGCUGUAACUAAAGAUAGUUUAGGACACGCUGAAGACAUCUGUACCUUGUUCUGCUGACAGGAUCUGGGAAAGGUUUGAUAGAGCUUGGGGAACCAACGCUAACACCUGGGGCUCCUGAGACUCUGCUCGGUGACAAAGAUUAUCUUUUGGUUGAGGACGUCGGCAAUAAAAGAAAAUGCUGUUACGCUUACAGACGGUGACAUUUGUAGAGCUUGUUCUUUUAAUUUUAGUUGUUCUCAUGAAUUUGGUCACUCUCUUGUGGUAGCUUGUUGUAGCUAAAGUAACUGCAAUUUUCAAGAAAUUCCUAGAUGCUGCAUUUCCACUGGCUUGGAUAUAUCGACUGCACCUGACCUUGACUUUAAUGCACUGUACAUGCACUCUAUUAUACAGUAGUGUACUCUACUGUACUGUACUCUAGUGUACUGUACCUGUUCUCUAGGAUACAGUAGUAUACUGUACUCUAGUGUACUCUACCACACUGUACUGUACUCUAGUGUACUGUACUCUAGUGUACUCUACCACACUGUACUUUAGUGUACUAGACUUUAGUAUACUGUACUCUACAACACUGUAUUGUACUCUAGUGUACUGUACCACACUGUACUGUACUCUAGUGUUCUGUACCUUUACUGUACUAUAGUGCACUGUAGUGUUUUGGACCAUGAACAAAGUUUCCAUCAUGUAAAACUGAAGCUCCUCUAAAGCAUAGUACUACCGCAAAGUGCAGAGUGUGUCCAACUGAUGGUGGAAAAGCAGCAUCUCUGGGUCUGGGUUGACACAAGAAAAUUGUAAUGCUGGCCGAUGCAACAGCAUAUUGCAUUAAAUCUACAAAGGUAACAUUUUGGUUAACUUUAUGCAAAUGGUGUAUUGAUUGCAACAGGAUAAGCGAUUUAAUGAACAAACAACUCUCAGUGAGUAGAUGCCGAUUUAGGGCUAAACAAAGUGAGUUUUUAGAACCAACGUUGGGCACGCCAUGAGUAGGCUCGGGCGCGGGGGUUUGUGGGCCGACCAGAUUCCGCUUCAUGUUACUGAAAAAAGACAAUCAAGUUUCCUAAUUUUCACCACAUUGUUGCAGGCCUGCUUGAGUCUGUUGCGGUUCUCAGCUGCAUCUGUCAGGCUGCAGCUCAGUGUAGCCACUCACGUUAUUUUACCUGUAUCCUCUGGAGUCUCACCAGUGGGACCUGGUCUGUCUGGGUAGGAUCCUACGGCCCAUUAGCCUUGUUAGACCAACCCGAUAUUGAAGUUUGCGCUUCGCAAUGACUUUCAGUCUGGCCUUGACUGGGUAGAAAUGGAUUUGGACAAAUGAGCACAGCCUUAAGUUUUUCAAGAAACGACAGCCAAUCGUAAGACAACCAAGAAGAGACGCUCAUACUCUCUCUGCUCUUGGAAGCAAAACCAAAUCCUCUCUGAAAGCCUUCCAUGCUAAUUUCUGUUCAUCUUUUAGCGUUGCUAUUCAGUCUAUUUUGGGGGAAAGAAAAGUAGAUUGCACCAUCGACUUCUUCUUCCUCCUUUGGUUGCUUGCUGCCAUAUUUUAUUCCGGUAGGCUGCGGCGCUUCUUGAUUGGUCAUGACCUGCCUCCCCUGAGCGCUGAUUGGUCCUUUUCCCUUGAGUAUUUCUGGGAUGCCGGAGGCCAGACCGAUGUGCAGGAGCCAACAGAAGGUAGUCUCACAGGGAUGAUGGCUGAUAUACUCAAGCUCAGUCUGACAUGCUUCAGUUCACAUCUUGUGUUUUAUUGGCCAGCUAGUACAUGAUGGCUCACGCAAACGUUGUUGAAGUCCUAUUAAAAACGUCCUCAUUAAAGAACAUGUUGACGGACUGGAUAUGGAAAUGUCAUUCCAUACGGCCGUGGUUCCUGCAGCAUCCCAGAUUCAGAUCUUCAGAGGAUUCUGGUCUUAUUGGGAAAAUCUCUGUCUGUAUAGGACUCUGUUCUAACUCUGUCUAUAUAGGAAUGAUCUUACUCAGUCUCUAUAGGACUGGGUUCUGAGACAGUUCUAGCAGGGUUCUGAGACAAUUGUAGCUGUGUUCCUAGUCAGGAUCAAGGAGGCUCUGUUUCUUGCUACAGCCUCCAGACUGACCAGUUUAUCCCAGGUAGUGUAUCGUCCUAUCCAUUUAACCCAUAUAGCAAUAGUUUUUUUUUUUACUUUCAUGAAUGUCAUUAUAAAUAGAGGUGUGUUUGCAUGGUUUGUACUUUCCUUUAUUUUCUGGAUUAAUUCUACUUGUUUUUUCUGCCCAACAUCAUGACAUCAUGACAAGCCCGUCAGGGUCUCGGGACUUGAAGAACUGUCCUGUUUGCUCUUCUGGUUGGACUUUCACCUCAGAAGCCUGCAUCUUAACGUCUGCAAUGGCUCAGUGGACUGGUUGUUGUUAGCAGCAUACUCAUUCCCCGGGUAACCCUAGAUGUUUGAAUCCUGUUGAAGCACUUUAGUAGAUAUUUCAACGCUUGUUAUCCAGGUCUGGUUAUAGUUAAGCUUUCGUCCAUCUCAUCAUCAUUUAUGUGAGUCUGCACUUUAUAAAAUGUUUGCAAAAUUGUCAUCGACUGUAUUUAAUCUGAGUAUUGGCCAUAUUUUUCAUCUGUGAAGUUGACAGUAGCUUAACCACAAAUUACUUUUGGACAUGGUUUGGUGUUUGGCCUGUAACGGACAGCCUAGUAAAGCACAUGAUGCGACUCCUGUUUUAUUGGCUAUAUGGAAAACCUCUAAACAAUCCUCACCUGUUGUUCAACUGAUUACAGUAUCAUUAUUAUAUGAGUGUCGUUAUUAAUUACAGUGUCAUUAUCAUAUAUGAGUGUCGUUAAUGAUUAUAGUGUCAUUAUCAUAUAUGAGUGUCGUUAUUGAUAUAGUGUCAUUAUUCACCAUGAAUACUUGUAUCGAUAAUACUGCAGGCCAAUGUUUUCAUGUAGUCUAAAGCAAAACCGUGUUAUAUCAUGGAGCAUCCAUAUUAUAGUUGAAUGGCUCAGAGCCAGACUACUCGUUUUUAAUACAUGUGAAUUCAGUUACUCAUUCAUUCAAAAUUAUGUAUUCCUAGGCUUUAUCCUACCCAAAUUACUAUAUAGCACUGCUAUAUCUUUAUUUGUUUUAUUAUUCAGUGCAGCAUGAUAACGACAUGAUAAGUAGAACUUAUGUCAGCGACCUAACUAGCCAGCCUGCAACACUCACCACAAUCCUAUUGGUCUUCGCUUUCCAGCUGGCCCUCACAAACACUCCAGUAUGAGGCCUGACUUGUACUGGUUAUCAUCCAUAUGGACACUGGUCCUCAUCUUUACCAAAGGGACGUCAUGGCGACUCUGUUCAACGAUCGAGUUCAGCGGUAGCAGUAAUCGACGGCUUAACUUUCGCGCCGGCGGUAAACGUUUCCACGGUAACAGCGAGCUCCACCAAUCAAAGACGUGUUAAACAUAUGGAAUGUGGGUAGUUUAGUCAUUCUAAAUGACAUCGUGGAUAAAACAUGUUUUUCUUAAAACUCAAACUUGUACGGUAAGUAUAUUUUGGAUGGUUACGACAUAAUGUAUUUGAAUCAAAACCUCUAUGCAGAAUAUGAAUGGGAUCCAGCACUCCCAGAACCCCACUGUUGCGCUCUAUUGACCAAUCAGGUGUGAGCGGAUGAAGGCAGGUAAACAGUCCGUGUGGAGAGCAAUAACCCCAGAACCCAUCGGUCAUCGUCGGACGUCUGAACACACGAACAUUCAGAGGUUUUCUAGGCGUCCUCCUGACCAAAUUUCGGCUGAUCUCUUUAAAGAUAAAUAAAAGGUUCCGGGGUAGUUGCUCUCCACACGGACUGUUUACCUGCAUGCACCAACCCGCUCACACCUGAUUGGUCAAUACUACCCAGACUACAAACGGAAACCAGAACCGUUCCGUUAACAAAGUCUUGUCCCGUUUCCAACAGAUUAUGCAUGCACAGGCAGAUAUUCUGCAUAUGUGUUUCCAUAGCUUAAGAUAGAAAUUAGUAAUAAGCGACUAGUCGGUCUUUAUUUUUUGAUUGUUUCUUUACUUCAUACGUGGGGCUUUUAUUGUGAAAACCCAGACCGGAAGAGGACGUAUUUUCAUCCGUGGGUAGAAAGAAGAAGUACUGAGAAAGUUAAGAAGUUAUCCUCUUUAUUACUCAUAUAUGUAAUAUAUAACAAAUGUCAACAUAUAUAUAGUAUUAUAAAAUAUAUAUAUCGUUUAUAUAUGAUGCUAAAUAAAGCAUCUUGAAUCUAACACUUUAAAUCUUAUGUCAGUUCAGACUAAUUCAAUGGUCUGAAAGGUUUAACUCUUAUUUCAGUUCAGACCAUUCCAACAGUCUGAACAGUUUAACUCUUAACUCAGUUCAGCGAACCAACAGUCUGAAUAGUUUAACUCUUAUCUCAGACUAAUACAACAGUCUGAAAAAUGUCUCUUAUCUCAGACUAAUCCAACAGUCUGAACAGUUUAACUCUUAUCUCAGACUAAUCCAACAGUCCUAACAAAGUCAGAUCAAUAAGUCGUCUCUUUGUGGUGAUUAUCUUAUUACACAAGUGAUUUAUCAUAGGAAACUCCUAGGAUAGAAGAUAAAAUACAUUUCAGAAAGUUUCUACAACCUUAAAUACUCAGAUUAAUCUUUGUAAAAAUGUUUAGUAGUGAGUAUUAGUAGCUACUAAAAAUGUUUAGUAGUGAGUAUUAGUAGCUACUAAAAAUGUCUAGCAGUGAGUAUUUAUACUAGCUCACAUGUCUAGCAGUGAGUAUUUCUGCUAGUUCACAUGUCUAGCAGUGAGUAUUUAUAUUAGCUCACAUGUCUAGAAGUGAGUAUUCGUACUAGUUCACAUGUCUAGCAGUGAGCAUUUAUACUAGCUCACAUGUCUGGCAGUGAGUAUUUGUACUAGCUCACAUGUCUACCAGUGAGUAUUUGUACGAGCUGCCCCCUGCGGUCUGGUUUGAGUUCUGCCGGCUGAUGGAUGGACUCUCUGAGACGCAAUGGGUCCGCUUCGCCUCAGAGAUUCUAAGUGAUCAGACCGACGUGCGAUUGGCUGAGCGGAGGGAGAGGCGGACCGACUAUGUGAUAAACCAAUGGGCAAACAGAAAUGGCCAGGUGGGGGAGCUCAUUGGCUUAUUGGAGAGACAGCAGCUUCUUAGAGCCAGAGACGUCAUUCUGACCUGGAGAGCAGAAUCUGUCUCCAGGCUCCACCCACAUUCCAGUCAUUCUCAGUCAUACUCCGCCCCCAAACCUCUCUUGGUUACCUGCUCACCACCCACCAAGGCCCUAAUCAGAGGUGAGGUGAUGGGAGGAGCCAGAAUGCUGCCUAAACCAGGACCACCCCCAAGCAGCCUGCAGUCUCGAACACAGCCCCCCAAACUGAUGAAGGUUCCAGCUGGGUCUGUCGGUGGAGCGGGGGGGAUGUGCUGGUCACAUGACGAGCUGGAGACAGGAACCGAUGGUUUCUCCCCCUCGAGGCUGGUGGGGGAGGGGUGCUUCGGGAGUGUUUACCAGGCCAGCAUGGGGGGCAACGAGUACGCUGUGAAGGUCCUCAGACAGGGCUCUAGUUUGCUGGACUGGUCUCUGUUGAAGGAGACUUUUAAAACAGAGGUGGAGAAACUUUCUAAGUACAGACACCCCAACCUGAUGGAGCUGGUGGCGUUCAGUAUGGCGGACGACAGCUUCUGUCUGCUCUCCAGGUUCAUGAGCAAUGGCUCUCUGCAGAGCCAGCUGGUGGGGGGUGCUCUGUCCUGGGAGCAGAGGGUGGGUGUAGCAGCAGGAACGUCCAGGGCUCUGCAGUACCUCCACAUCCCCCCCCCGCCUCUCCUCCCCCUCAUCCACGGAGACGUCAGGAGCACCAACAUCCUGUUGGACCGUCACCUGGCCCCUAUGCUGGGGGACUUCGGGCUGGGGGUCUUCAGCCCGCGGAGUGUGGGCGCGGGGGUCCGGACCAGCAGCGUGGGGAGGACCUCGGUCCUCCGGGUGGCCCAGGCGUACCUGCCCCAGGACCACCUCCAGGACGGCCGGCGGACCCCCGGCCUGGACGUCUACAGCUUCGGAGUGGUAUUGCUGGAGUUGCUGACUGGCCGUAGAGCUGUGGAGACAGAGGGGUCUCGAACUCUCUACCUGAAGGACCUGCUGGAUGAGCUGCUGGAGAGUCCCGGUCUGUCACAGAGCGGCCCCUCCCAACUCUCCCACCUGGACCCCCGGCUCCGCCCCCAACAGCCCUCCAACCCAGGGGGCGUCACAGGCUCUAUGGAUGUUUCUGCACUGGCCUGUAGAUGUCUACAUAAAAACAGGAAGAAAAGACCAGCCAUUACGGAGGUGUCUGAUGAACUCCAGGACCUCCUCACCCUUCUGAGGAGCAGCACUAGCCCUCCCUCCUCCCUCCGCCCUCCCUGUGAGAGUGAUGAGAGCGUCUGUCUCUCCUCCCCCCAUCUCCCCCCUGGUGUCUCCCAGCCUGGACUCUACCAGUCUGGUGUCUCCCAGCCUGGCCUCUACCAGUCUGGUGUCUCCCAGCCUGGCCUCUACCAGUCUGGUGUCUCCCAGCCUGGGCUCUACCAGUCUGGUGUCUCCCAGCCUGGCCUCUACCAGUCUGGUGUCUCCCAGUCUGGUCUCUCCCAGCCUGGCCUCCACCAGUCUGGUGUCUCCCAGUCUGGUCUCUCCCACCCUGGCCUCCACCAGUCCUGUGUGUCCCCGUCGGGUGUCCCCCGUCUCCCCCCUGGCGCCCCGUCCAGCAGUAGCUCUUCUCCGUCCCGGGAGAGGAGCCCGGCCCCCUCUACCCAGGGACCUUCCACUGGCUCCUUCCUCCCCUCCUCGCUCCCUCCCUCCCUCCUGACCCUCCCGACAGAUGAAGAUUAUGCUGGACGCAGUGGCCCAGAGGAAAGUGACGAACUGGAUUUCUUGAACUGACCGUCUGUCUGACUGACUGUUCUGUUAGUCUGUCUAUGUAUCAUCAUCAUGUUCAUCCCAGCAAUGUAUCUCUUACAGACGAUAGACCAACCUAGGUGAAAUCUUGUCGCCAUAAUAAAAUAUUCACUUUUACCACCAUUCACAUGUGUGUUAAACUGUUAUGCCAAAUAAAUCCCUUUUGAUUCAAAGCCUCAUAAUGUUAUUAUCCCAACGUAACUGUAUUAUGUGAGCAUCAUCGGGUAACCAUUGCAUUUGCAUCGUAGGGCAAGGGUUUUGUAUAUCUAGAACGUAUAGUUCAGAGUUUGUAGUAUCUAGAACACAGGAUUAGGGGU